UAUAACCUGGAUGGUUGUGGGCCUGACUGAAUCUGUCAUCAUAACAGCUCUGAAUUCUUUGACAGUGAUUGCGUUUUGUAGAGACCGUAAUCUUCGUAAACGAUCAACGUACUUUGUGAUAAGCUUAGCAGUUGCAGACAUGUUAUCCGGGGGAAGUUCUGCACUCAACUUCUUCGAUGAUGUUGGAGAGACAUGGAACCUUUGGAGGCACAAUAGAGCGUAUUGGUAUAUACCUCAGGUGUUCAUCCUCUGGUUUCCCGUUUGUUCGCUAACAAAUAUGACUGUUAUUUCUCUAGAACGCCUGAAUGCAACGUUUUGGCCCUUCAGACAUCACACGAUCAAAAAGUCAGUCUACUGGGUUCUUAUAAUCGCCAUCUGGUUGACAACACUACUCUUUUGUGCGUUAACAAUGAAAUAUCACCAUGCAUAUAAAGAGGAUUAUUAUCACUACGCUUGGGGUUCAUUCAUCUCAAUUUGUCUUUUGGUCAUUUGUGUUUCUUACGUUUUUAUUUUUGUCAAGCUUCGCUUUGGAAAUCAGCCUCGACACCAUGGCGCGGCAAAUAGGGAAAGGAAACUGACCGUGACGUUGUUCACCGUGACUUCUCUCUCUCUUCUAUUGUGGCUGCCUUAUCUUACAGCUAGUUUUCUGUUUUUUGCCGCUAACGUUUUAAGUUCAUUAUCUGAAACAGCGCUUUUCCAUUUAGAACGUGGUUCAGUGAUCUUGUUUUACGCAAACUGUUUUUUAAAUCCGAUAUUGUAUACUAUGAGAAUGCCAGGCUUUAGGCGAGCUUUAAAGUUAUUAUGUCGCCAACGACCUCAGGCACACAGACAGGUUGAGAUCAUUCCCCUCGGUGAGAUUAACCCACAAAUUUGA